AUGGCACGUUGCUUGCUCAGCUUCGGCCCUGCAGGUGGGCGUCCAGGGAAAUUAGUCCGCUUCAACCAGACAUUGGCGCCCAGCAUAGCCGUUGUCGGCGGCCCUGCUCGUCAACUUGCCGGUUUCUCAUCCGCUGCCCCACUGCAUCGAAGUGGGGGAUCAACAUCACCAUCAUCCUCCCAUGCGGGUGCUGGUAUAAAGCCUACCAGCUCUCGGCCUCUCGUCGAGGAUGAGUUCAAGGCCACCAUCCAACAGGCCAGGAACCUUUCUUCGAAAUCAACCGAGAUGUAUACCGCGUCUUUCGCCUUCUUUGAGGCGCUAUGGGAUGCCGGCGUCACCCACUGCUUCGUGAACCUGGGUUCUGACCACCCCAGUAUUAUCGAAGCCAUGGUCAAGGGUCAGAGGGAGCGAAAGGGGAACUUCCCCAGAAUCAUCACAUGUCCCAAUGAAAUGGUCGCCAUGUCCAUGGCCGACGGCUACGCUCGCCUGACAGGAAAGCCGCAAUGUGUUAUUGUCCACGUCGACGUAGGAACGCAAGGUCUCGGCGCUGCUGUUCACAACUCGUCAUGCGGCCGCGCGCCCGUUUUGGUGUUUGCCGGUCUGUCUCCCUUCACUAUCGAAGGCGAGAUGAGAGGCAGCAGAACAGAGUACAUCCACUGGAUUCAGGAUGUCCCUGAUCAAAAGCAAAUCGUUUCGCAAUACUGCCGGUACUCUGGCGAGCUCAAGACAGCAACCAAUGUCAAGCAGAUGGUCAAUCGCGCCCUUCAGUUCUCCAAGUCAGACCCUCAAGGGCCCGUAUAUCUUUGCGGUGCUAGAGAGGUGAUGGAGGCUGAGGUCGAACCGUACAGCAUUCGUCAAGAGGACUGGGACCCCGUUGAGCUCGGAGGUCUUCCCAAGAAUGCCGUCAACAAGAUUGCCGAGGCAUUGGCCGGUGCAAAAGAGCCUCUUAUCGUCACUGGAUUUGGCGGCAGAGACCACCAGUUCCCUGGCGCUCUCGUUGAACUCGCAAACACCGUCAAGGGCCUGCGCGUUGUUGACACGGGUGGUAGCGACAUGUGCUUCCCCGCAGACCACCCUGGCUGGUUGGGACUUCGAUUUGGUAUUGAGGACGCGGUAAACACUGCCGAUGUCAUUGUCGUUCUCGACUGCGACGUCCCGUGGAUCAACACUCUGUGCCACCCCAAGAAGGACGCCAAGAUUUUCCAUAUUGAUGUUGACCCGCUCAAGCAGCAAAUGCCCGUCUUCUACAUCGCCGCCCAGUCGAGAUACCGAGCGAGCAGCCUGGUGUCAAUUGAACAGAUUACUGCACACUUAAAGGGGCAGUAUGCUGCUCAACUUGAGUCUGCGGAAGCCAAGGAGCGCGAGGCAAAGGUCAAGGAGUCUCACAAGCAACUUCUUGCCAAGAUCGAGGAAAAGGCGCAGCCCAAGGCGGAUGGCGAGUUCGGCACUGGCCACCUUACCCGGUCACUGAAGAAGCUGUGUCCAGAGGACACCAUCUGGGCCAUUGAGGCUGUGACAAACACAAUUUUCGUCCACGACAAUCUUCAGCCCACACUGCCCGGAUCUUGGAUCAACUGCGGUGGCGGUGGCCUUGGAUGGUCUGGCGGUGGCGCUCUCGGUAUCAAGCUGGCAACCGACUUUGAGAACGGUGGCAACAACAAGGGCAAGUUUGUUGUGCAAAUUGUUGGCGACGGCACAUUCCUCUUCUCUGUGCCAGGUAGCGUAUACUGGAUCGCCAAGCGAUACAAUAUCCCUAUUCUGACGAUUAUUCUGAAUAACAAGGGUAAGUGGUUAACGAAUCCUUCUGGCGAGUUUGAAACGAAAGCUGAUGUGACGAUAGGAUGGAACGCCCCCAGGCGGUCACUUCUUUUGGUGCACCCUGAUGGUGAAGGUUCCAGGGCGACCAACGAAGAGAUCAACAUCUCAUUCGACCCGGCACCCGAUUAUGCCGGCAUCGCCAAGGCGGCCGCGGGUGGAGACUUGUUUGCUGCUCGUGUAGACAACGCGGCGGAUCUUGAUGGUGUGCUGAAGAAGGCUAUUGAGACGGUGCAAGGCGGUCAGCCCGCUGUUUUGGAUAUCAAAGUGGCCCUGGGUUCAUAG